GCGCCCGGCGGCCGGUUACACAGCCCCGACUGCAGCGGGCUGACUGGGCGGACGGCCGCCGCCCGGCAGGAUGUGGGUGUUCGGCUACGGCUCCCUCAUCUGGAAGGUGGACUUCCCAUACCAGGACAAGCUAGUCGGGCACAUCACGGGCUACAGCAGGCGCUUCUGGCAGGGCAGCACCGACCACCGCGGGGUCCCCGGCAAGCCUGGAAGAGUUGUGACUCUUGUUGAAGAUCCUGGGGGUUGUGUAUGGGGUGUUGCUUACAGACUACCAGUAGGAAAAGAAGAAGAAGUAAAAGCAUACCUUGACUUCCGAGAGAAAGGAGGCUACAUGACAACCACAGUCCUUUUUUAUCCAAAAGAUCCCACAACAAAACCAUUCAGUGUGUUACUGUAUAUUGGAACAUGUGAUAAUCCUAAUUAUCUUGGUCCCGCACCCCUGGAAGACAUUGCUGAACAGAUUUUUAAUGCAGCUGGUCCAAGUGGAAGAAAUACAGAAUACCUUUUUGAACUUGCUAAUUCUAUUAGAAAUCUUGUGCCAGAAGAUGCAGAUGAGCAUCUUUUUUCUUUGGAAAAACUAGUAAAGGAACGUUUAGAAGGAACACAGAAUCUCAAUUGCAUAUAAACAUCUAAUCAUUGACUUUUCCAAAUACGCAGAGCUCUUAGUCUUCAGAGAAUUGUGUCAUUCCACAAUGGCAAUAUGAUUUGGAAAUGUGUUUACUUUAAGACCUUACUUAUUUUUAAUGUUGUAGUCAAUAUGUUUCAAAAUCGAGUUUAAGGUCCUGAAAUACAUAUUCAAAAUACUGUGGUCUAGUUAAAAGAAAAAAAAUUCAAGUUUUAAUAUAAUGAUUUCCUAGCUAUAUGAUACUGAACAUUUACUCUAUGAGAAGUGAGUUCUCUAGAAAAACAGUGAAGGACUGGGUUCAGAGCUUAUUUUUAUCAAAGUAAAAAUUACUCUGUUGGCUCAAAUAAUACUAUUUUGAAGUUGUAGAGAAUAAAUUCCAAUGAAUAUAAUAAGGUAUUAAUUAUACCUUCAGUAUAUUCUUACACAGUAAUUCUGUAACCAUGGUUUAAAAUAUAGCUUAAAAUAAUGUGUAAAUGGAAAUAGAAAUUAGAAACUUGAUCUUACAAACUUGAUUAAUUUUCCCGUUCACAUAUUAGAAAUUUUGGCUUCACAUGUAAGCCCAAAAAAUUGACAAAUUUAAUAUAGAAAUUUCCUUGGAACUGUAAUAUAUGUAAUCCUGCUUUUUAAUAAAUGCAUUUUACUACAAGUUAAAACUCCUUAAGCUAAAUCACAUCUACUAACAACAAAGUUUUUCAUUUACUUUGCAUUUUAUACUGGAACUUCUUUUUAAAAGAUAAGCUUUCUGACAAAACAAAUUAACAAAAACAUAUCAUGAAAACCUGUUAUUUGAAAUGGCUAUAAGAAUUGUAAUUUUUCAAGUAAAACAAGGCUUUUAUUUUCUUCUCA